AUGAAUUCAAUGGAUAAAAAUAAUGAUUGCUAUUUUUAUUUCUAUUCUACCUGUACAAAGGAAAAAAAUUGUCCAUUUAGACAUUGUGAUUUGGCACUUGGUUCCGAAGUUGUUUGUGAAUUAUGGCGUGUUGGCCGAUGUCAUGAUCGUAAUUGUCCAUUUCGUCAUAUGGAACCGAAUAUAAAACGUUCAACAAAACAAUGUUGGUUUGAAACACAACCAAAUGGUUGUCGUAAACCACAUUGUGUAUUUUUACAUACAAAACCACGACCAACAAUAACCGAUUUACAGAAUAAUAUAUCCGAAUGGAUAUUACCAACUGGUGUUGUUGGUGCUGGUGGUCAAAAUCAACAAUCAUCAGCCACUACUAAUAAUACCAAUAAUAAUGAUUCUCAACAAACACUCAUCAAUAAUAGUCAUCAAGAGUUAUCCAACAACAACAACAAUAAAGAAUCACAUAUCAUACUCAAACCACAACAACUACAAACAACUGAACAAUUAAGUAUUUCGAUUGAUGAUAAAGAUGAUGAAGAUGAAUCGGAUGAAAAUUGUGAAACAGAAAUUGUUCCAGAUAUUAUUGCUACUGUACAAAAACCAGCUGUUAAAACAUUGGAACAAAUAAAAAUGGAAAAAAUUCUUCAUUCAUCAAAUGAACAUUUAUUGGAUACAACCAAUAAUAAUAAUGGUUCAUAUAAUAAUUCUAUAACAACAGCACCUGUUAAGAUUGAUAUGAAAUUUGAUAAUAAUAAUCUUAACAGACAUCCAUCAACAACAAUCGUAUCAUCACCAUCAUUGAAAACUGAAAUGAAACGUUCGAUUCCAAUAAAACAACAGGAAAAUAUUCAACCAUCACCUUCUUCGAAAUCACCACUAGAAAAGAGACCAAUAAAUAUUGUAAUAAAAACAUUGGAACAAAUUCGUAAAGAACGUGAAGAAUCUGAACAACAACAAACGACAAUGAAAGGUGAUGAAAUGAUUUCGAAAGAAAAUCAAAUCAAUUCGUUAAAACGAACAUCAAUCAAUGAUGAUAAUAAUGAUGAUGAUCAUAAUUCAUCAUCCAAUCCACCGAAACCAAUCAAAAUACGUCGAAAUCGUUUGACAGUACCAAUGAUGAUGAUGAUGGGCAAUCAGAAUUCAAAUUCUAGCAUUGAAGAUACUAAUGAUAAUGAUAAACAUAAUGAAUUAUAUUCACAUCAACAACAAAUGAAUUUAUCAUCGACAAGGGAGAAAUCUUCAGAUCAAGAUGAUCAAUACAACCAACAACAAUCAACGAAAUUAUCAAUGAUAAAAGAUGAUGAUGAUGAUCUUGAUCUAGAAUUUUUAAAUGAUAAUAAUGAUCAUCAUAGAUCAUCAUCAAUAGGAAUCUAUUCAAAUGCUAUUACGGAUGAUGAUGAUGAAUUGAUGCGUGAAAUUGAUCAAGUAAUCAAUAGCUAAAUUGAUUUGUUCGUUUGACUUUUGUAAAUUUCUUCAAAAACCAAUGUUCAUCAUUUUUUUGUUUGUGUUUGUCACUUUUUCUUUCAUUUAAUUUAAUUGAAAAACAAUCCAUUACCU